AUGAAUGAUAAAAUUCAAAAGAAAGUGGCACCGGGGCAAUCCGAAACGUUGUCACUUAUAAAGAAACAAUUCUUUAAAACGAAAAUGUGCCCUUUUCAAAAAAAUAAGAAUUAUUGUCUGAAUGAAUCUGACUGUCAUUAUGCUCAUAGUAUUGAUGAAUUAAAACCGAUGCCUGAUUUGAGAAAUACAAAGUUGUGUGAUUAUAUAAAAAAAAAAAUGCCCUGUAAAGAUGUAAACUGCAAAUUUGCACAUGAUACUGAAACUUUAAAACCUAGUGUGCAUUUAGCUACUUAUAAGUCUACAAUAUGUAGCUUUUGGGGUAAAGGAAAAUGCUUUAAUGGAAAUAAAUGCAGAUUUGCUCAUGGAACUAAUGAUAUAAAAGCGAAUGAAAAUAUGAAUAUUCUAGAAAAUAAUAAGCGUAACCAUAAAAAAAAUAAAGACAGUAUAUCUGAUAUAACAAAAGGAACAGAUUCUACAUAUUCUUUUAAUACAUAUGAUUAUUCUGUUAAUUGUUCUUUAGAAACUACAAAUAUAUCUCCAUCUUUUGAUAAAAGUAGAGAAUUAUUCGUUUUAAAAGAAAAUAAUAUAAAUGACGAUAAACUUGGUGAUAAUAAAUUAAGUAUAUUUGAUUCAAAUAAAGAAAUGGUUGGAAAUAUAAAUGAAAAUACGGAUCUUAAUAUAUCUAAAAUGGAUUAUCCAUUUUGUGAAAACACAAGUAACUGUAGCAUAAAUAAUAGUGACAAUAUAAAAACUGUUAUAAAUCAAAUUGAAAACAUGGCAUUAUCCACAUUUAUAGAAAAUAAUGAUAAAUAUACUAAGGUUAUAAAAUAUUUGAUGAAUGAAAAUAACAUUUUGAAAGAAUCUAUUAAAAAAGAACAAAAUCAUAUGAUAAACGAAGAAGAUCACAUGGCUCAAAUUCAAAAGCAAAUAUAUAAAGCUAAUAUUUAUAGAACCCAUGCAAAAGAUAAUAUAGUUACUAUUUCUGGGAAGAUUAAUGAUAACAGUAAUAGUAUGUUUAUUGAGGAUGGUUUAAAAAAAUAUUUAUAUUUCGAGGAGCCGAGUAGUAAUAGUCAAUUUUCAAGCGAAAAUAAAGAUGUAAAUAAUGGCGUAUUAAAUUCAGAAGAUUUUAUAAAAUAUGAUGAUAAUUUUACAAAUAUAAUGAAAACAAUAGAUGAUUUAUUAAUAUCUCAAAAUGUUGGUUCAUUUUCAAAUGUAAAGAAUAAUUGCAAUUCUUUAGAAUCUAAAGAUAUAUUUUUAAUAAAAAAUAGUAAUAAUGUUAAUACUAGUAUAGAAUGUGAAAAUUUGCCAUGUAACUUACGAUUAUUUGAUGGGGAGAAAAAUGUAUACCAAAAUUUUAUUACAUCAAAUAUGAUAAAUAGUAACAAAGUAUUAAUAAGAGAUAUCAAUGAAAAGGUUGAAAUUGUCGAAAAACCAUUUGAAGAAAAUAUAGAAAGUAUAAUAAAUACUUGUCAAAAAGAAACAGAAAAGAUAAAAGAAAAAACAACAGAAAGUUACUAUAAUGAGCACAUUUAUUAUGACCAAUGUAAAGGUGCUUCUCGAUCAAUUGAAAUGACAAAUGAUGAAUUUAGUUAUAUCAAUAGUAGCAACAGCGGAAAUAAUAACUAUUGUAAUAUUAGUAAUAGUAGUAGCUACAACUAUAUAAAUAAUCCUGAUUAUAAUAGUAGCCCAAAUUAUAGUAACAACAAUAUUCGAAUUAACGAGAUAGAUGAAAUUCCUCAUUGGUUUAAAGGGUUUUCUCAGACAGAUGUCCAAAACAAUGAAACUCGAAAUAUGAAACAAAAUAAAUUAUAUUCAAAGAAAGUGAAAAAUGACGAAUUUGUAAAAAACACAAAUGUAGAAUAUUGGAAAGAAACAAUGAUACAUCGAAAUGAAAAUGAGAUUCCAGAAGAGAUAAAUAAUAAUAAUUUGAUAGUUGGAAAUGAGUUAAACAAAUAUUUUUUUCAAUCAAAAAAUAAUAAUAGAUUUAUUAACAAGGGCGAAUUUAAGGAAAAAAGUGCAAAACUUAAUUUAAGAGAAAAUGUAGAAGGAAAAUAUGAUAAUGAUAAUUUAUAUAAGCUACUAGAAUUUUCUCAUGAUAAAUCAAAUAUUAUAAAUAAAAUAAAAAAAUUGAUAUCCAGUGAAUUAAAAAAUAAUGAAAAUCGUAAUUUUACAAAUAAAUCAAAACAUAAUAAUCCUAAUAUUCAGAAUGUACAGAAUAUGGUAAACAGUAGUAGCAACAAUAUUAAUAGCUUGGGUAAAAAAAAUACGCUUUUAAAUGAUUAUAUGCACAUAAAAAAUUUAAAUACAAUAUAUCCAAAUACAUUUAAUGAUACUUCAACUAAUAACAUUUACAAUAAUAAGAAUUCAAUAAACAAUAGUAAAAUCAAUAGUUGCUUCAACAAUAAUAAGAAUUUUAAUAUGAAUGAAUAUAACUGCAAUCACUUAAGUUCUGAUUUUAUGAAAUAUAAAAAAGAAAAUAAUGGUGAAAAAAAUAUUUGGAAUAAUAGUUCGAAUUUUAAUGGAUUUAUUUAUCAAACAUCAACAAGCGAUUUCGUAUCUGAUAAUAACAAUAAUAAUGAUGUUUUUAACAUUUCAAAAUCUGUUAAUUUAAGGAGUUUAAAUUAG